AUGACAGGACCAAUAUUUUCGUUUGCCUACAGACUCAACAAGCUCUAUCUAGACAUUUCCGAUUUAACCUUUGGAAUUCUAUUUGACCCCCAAAGGGACAUUGUUUUAAUAACAGGAGGAAGUUCAGGCCUCGGAAAAGAACUGGCCUCGAAAUUUAUAUCGAAAAAAGCCAGGGUUGUCGUUUUUGAUAUUACCGUUCCGGAAGAAGGAACAGACAACUUUGUUGAAGGUGUUGUCUAUGUGAAGUGUGAUGUUAGUAACAGGGAGCAAGUUCUUGAACAGGCUGAAUAUGUUCGGAAUACAGUCGGAACUGUUACUAUGUUGAUCAAUAAUGCCGGGAUUACUAUGGGCAAAAAGCUACUUGAUCUCUCUUUUGAAGAGAUCGAAAAAACCUUGCAGGUGAACUUGUUAUCGAGUUUUUACACAAUUAAAGCAUUUCUCCCCGACAUGCUUGCAGUUCACAGAGGAUACAUCAUUACAAUUGCUUCCACACUUGGAUAUCUUUCGCCGGCCAGGCUAAGUGCCUAUGGAGCUUCCAAAUCGGGACUUAUUGCUCUUCAUGAAUCAUUAACUUACGAGCUUGGACCUCCAGCUUUCAACAUUUCAGGUGUGAAAACUCUUUUGCUAUGCCCAGGUCAACUUAAAACAAACAUGUUUCAAGGAGUCCCUACACCUUCAACUAUCCUAGCCCCAGAGUUGGAGCCAAAAGAUGUUGCCAGAGAGGUUUAUAAAGCAGUUAAAUAUGGUAAAAGAGGCGAGAUUAAGAUUCCGCUUUAUGGAAACAUAAUCCCACUUAUUAGAAGCAUUCCCUGGCCCAUGGCUGAAGCUUUUCGAUACUUGUCUGGAAUUGAUCAGAGCAUGAAGAAGUUUGUGGGAAAUACCGUUGAAUUGGGACAAAGAUCGGCAAGUUCUUUAAGCGAUGCUGCUUCCAUCAUUUCAGAACUUGUCUCAAAAGCUGGAGAUGUGGCUGAUUCUGUGGCUAGUGCUGUAUCAGGGUCUGUUCGACUUCCGAAAAUUUCAACCGGUGACAUAAAAUAA